GCGGCGCCCCAAAGCCUUGCGCUCCGGAAGUGAAGCGGCCAGACCACCGGCUAACGUAAGCGCAGUGGCCAGCCUGCUAACCGCUCUCGGCGCCUGGGACAGUUUGGCCUGGCUGAAGCUCAGACUCACACAUCAUUGUGUGAAAGAGGGUAACAUCGUCCUUUGCUGGAAGCUGAAUAUAUAAACUCCUUGACUCUAACAGAACAUUCUGGAACUCAUAGAAAGGAGUCCUGGGUGCUGGAGUAGAAGACAUUGUCCCACCAACUGGAGAGAGGAGAAGUGUCAGAGACCAGGCGACAGUGGGUAAAGCAGCUCUUCCAGGUGCCUCCACGGUCAGGGAAGGGUCAGUGCCACGUGGCUGCCAAAGUCCAGGAGGGAAACAGCAGCAAGUGGACUGCAGAGCCGGAGGCAGUGGCACUACCUUGGGGUAGGUCUGCAGACAAACGGGGAAGUGCAAGUAACUGGUCCUGCUUGAAGAUUUUGAGACUGCUCGUGGAGAGACCCUCUGGUGGGUUGUGAGUUUGGAGUAUUAUCACCCCUAAGGCUGUGCCUAUCCACAGCACUGGUUGCUACCUGUAGAGAGUGAGUGGUUCAGUAUCUGGGACAAUGGCAGUGGCACUGUUAGAGGACUGGUGCAGGAUCAUGAGUGUGGAUGACCAGAAGUCGCUGAUGGUGAUGGGCAUACCAGUGGACUGCGAUGAGGCUGAGAUCCAGGCCAUCCUGCAGGAGACUUUAAAGUCCCUGGGCAGGUAUAGAUUGCUUGGCAAGAUCUUCCGGAAGCAGGAGAAUGCCAAUGCCGUCUUAUUGGAGCUUCUGGAGGAUAUUGAUGUCUCCGUGAUCCCUAGUGAGGUUCAGGGAAAGGGGGGUGUCUGGAAAGUGAUCUUUAAGACCCCUAACCAGGACACUGAAUUUCUUGAAAGACUGAACAUCUUUCUAGAAAAAGAGGGGCAGACAGUCUCAAGUAUGUUCCGAGCCCUGGGGCACGAUGGGGUAUCUCCAGCUACAGUACCCUGUAUAUCUCCAGAGUUACUGGCCCAUCUGUUGGGACAGGCAAUGGCACAUGCCCCUCAGCCCCUGCUACCCAUGAGAUAUCGGAAACUGAGAGUGUUCUCAGGGAGUGCCAAGCCUGGCCCAGAGGAAGAGCCAUUUGAGGUCUGGUUGGAACAAGCCACUGAGAUAGUCAAAGAGUGGCCCGUCUCAGAGGCAGAAAAGAAGAGGUGGCUGGUGGAGAGCCUGCGAGGCCCCGCCCUGGACCUCAUGCACAUAGUGCAGGCAGACAACCCAGCCGUCAGUGUGGAGGAGUGUCUGGAGGCCUUUAAACAGGUGUUUGGGAGCCUGGAGAGCCGCAGGACCUCCCAGGUGAGAUACCUGAAGACCUUUCAGGAGGAAGGGGAGAAAGUCUCAGCCUAUCUGCUAAGACUAGAAACCCUGCUCCGGAGAGCUGUGGAGAAACGGGCCAUCCCCAAGAAUAUCGUGGACCAGGUCCGCCUGGAGCAGGUCAUGGCUGGGGCCAACCUUGGUGAGGUUCUCUGGUGUCGGCUUAGGGAGCUAAAGGAUCAGGGCCCGCUUCCCAACUUCCUGGAGUUGAUGAAGGUAGUACGGGAAGAAGAGGAGGAAGAGGCCUCCUUUGGAAAUGAGAAUAUCCCUGGGCGCGCUGGUGCACGCCUGUAAUUCCAGCAAACUGGCAGGCUGAGGCAGGAGGAUCCCAACUUCAAGGUCGGCCUCAGCAGCUUAGUGAGGCCCUCAGCAAUUUAGUAAGACCCUGUCUCAAAAUUUAAAAAA